GAUCCUUAAUAAAUAGCAGGAUCCCUAAUAAAUACCAAGGUCUCUAAUGCAUGCAGUUAGCACCCAGCUCAUCUCUGACUUCCACCCCCUGCACAGCACAAAAAUGCCCCUGCAAGGAGCCAGCAGUUGGACACUCACUUGGGGGACAGUAAGUCCCUCACCAUCCCCUGCUGCCACUGUCCAGGUGAGGUGGAAGAUAGCAGCCCUGCCCUCCAAGGCCUGGGGAAGGGUCACAGCCCCACAGCAGAAGACAUUAAGAACAUGUUAUGUGAUGGUUCUGACAGUUCUGUUUUCCACCAGGAUUUUCCUAUUUAAGUUUGAUGGGAAACCACAAUGAGUCAGUGCAGGCUGUCAGCCAGCAGCAUCCCAUGGUUCAUGGCACACCCCUGGUGUGGGCAGCCCCCUGUCUCUCUCUCUCCAUCCAUCCCUUCCUCCCUCCUCUGCAGGUACCCAGCCCAGGGCCCAGAUGCUGGAGCCCACCGAGCCUGCCCUGCGCCGCCUGUCCCACCAUCUCCUUGCCCACUACCAGAAGGGCACCCGCCCUGUGCGGGACUGGCGGACGACCACCACUGUGGCCAUUGACCUCAUGGUCUAUGCCAUCCUCAGCGUGGAUGAAAAGAACCAGGUGCUGACCACCUACAUCUGGUACAGGCAGCACUGGACGGAUGAGUUCCUUCAGUGGGACCCGGCGCACUUCGACAACCUGACACAGAUCUCCCUCCCUGCCGAGAGCAUCUGGGUGCCCGACAUCCUCAUCAACGAGUUCGUGGAUGUUGGAAGGUCGCCCCGUGUCCCUUAUGUCUACGUCAGCCACCACGGGGAGGUGCAGAACCUUAAACCCAUCCAGGUGAUGACCGCCUGCAGCCUGGACAUUUACAACUUCCCCUUCGAUGUCCAGAACUGCUCGCUCACCUUCACCAGCUGGCUGCACCACAUCCAUGACAUCAACCUCUCGCUGUGGCGGCAGCCAGACCUGGUCAAGUUCGACCGUAGUGUCUUCAUGAACCAGGGUGAGUGGGAGCUGCUCUACGUCCUCACCCACUUCCAGGAGUUCAGAGUCAAGAGCAGUGACAGCUACGCUGAGAUGAAGUUCUAUGUAGUCAUCCGGAGACGCCCCCUCUUCUACACCGUCAGCUUGCUGCUCCCCAGCAUCUUCCUGAUGGUCAUGGACAUUGUGGGCUUCUACCUGCCUCCCAACAGCGGCGAGAGAGUCUCUUUCAAGAUCACCCUUCUGCUGGGCUACUCGGUUUUCCUCAUCAUUGUAUCUGACACGCUGCCAGCUACUGCUGUUGGCACCCCCUUGAUAGGCAUCUACUUCGUGGUGUGCAUGGCGCUGCUGGUCAUCAGCCUGACAGAGACCAUUCUCAUUGUGCGUCUGGUGCACAAGCAAGACCUGCAGCCCCACGUCCCACACUGGGUGAAGCACUUGCUGCUGGAACAAGCCCCCAUCCUGCUCUGCAUCCGCGACAAGAAGAAAUUCAGCCAGAGCAGGCCACAGAGCUCUGACAUCUCCAGGCAGGUGGAGAACACAGACAGCACAGGUGAGGACUGCCCACCCACAGGGACCCCUGCUCCCCCUCUGGGACCCCCAGGGGAAGGGUCCCCACUGGCGCAUGGCCUCCUGCGUGAGGUCACCGCCAUCCGCCAGUUCCUGGAGAAACGUGAGGAGUUCCGUGAUGUGGCCCGCGAGUGGCUCCAAGUGGGCUAUGUCUUGGACAUCCUGCUCUUCCGAGCCUACCUGUUGGCUGUCCUGGCCUAUACCAUCACUCUGGGCACCCUCUGGUCGGUGUGGCGGGAUGCCUGAGCAGCGCCCAACACAGGGGGGGGAGGGGGAGGGUGGGAAGGUGGGACCCCCAACCCUGCCUCGCUCCUCGAUGAGGGGCUGGCCGGGGUUUCACCACCUUCCCUCUAACUCUAUGGGAGGUGGACACAGAGGCAGAACUAAGACCGCUUCCCCCAACCCUCUCUGCAACCCUCGCGCGAUGCUCCCCCGCCCCCACCAGCGGCUCCCGUUUCAGCACCGAGGACAGCGCCCGCCCGGUCCCGCCCCGCCCGCGCACACAGGGGGUCCCGUCCCCAAUGCCGGGGGGGGUGUGGGCGUCCCCGCUGAUCCAGGGGGUGACCCAAAGAGUCCCCGCUACACCGUGGAGUCCCCAGUGCCCCAAAGGGUUCCCCCUGCCCCUGAAUGCCCAUUGAAUCACGGGCCCUUGUCUGCCUGGGCGUCCCCCAUGCUCCCAGCGCUGCUGUUCCUCACCCUGGAUACCCCAUGUAAGACCCCACCUCUAUGCAUGAAGAACCAAGGGCCACAUGCCUGUGUCCCCUCCUCGUUACCCCCUGGGCCUUUAUUCCACCCCCAUCACCUCUGCACAUGCUUGCCCAGCAGAUCCCCAUCACGCUCCUGCGCAGCAAACCGGGAGAGAACCAGUGCUGGCUGAUGACAACCAGGUAGCAAACGGAUUGGCUGUGUGGGGACAGGGUGCUGGGAGACCCACCGGGUCCCCAAAUACUACCACGUCUUGGUCUAUCCCUCUCCACUGGCUGCAUCCCAGCAGUGGGACUGAGCGCCAAGUGCCUGAGUGAAUCUGCCCCAGGCAGCACCUACUCUUGGUUCUACGUUGGUGGGCUCAGAGGGUUCACAGUAGAAACACUAACUGUAUUUUUGGGGUGGUCCCUGGCCCUGCUGCACUUGCCCAAGACCCUGCAAAGGUGCACCUUGCUCUUCAUGCUGGAAACGUACCUGAGCAACCAGUGCAGGCUCCCCAAUCCUGGGAAGUGCUGGAGACGCUGUGGCUCUCCUCCGUCCCCAAGCCCACCAGUCCUGGAGCAAGGGCCCCACUUGCUGCCCUGAAGCCAUCACCUGCAGGAAAACUACUCACUGAGUGAUGGGGCUGAGGACGGGUGGAGUGGGCUCCCAUUGCUGCUGGCCUCUGCUAAUGUGCCGAUGGUUGGUAAGUGGCUGCCUAUUGAUGAGGUGUCCAGCUAAAGAGUUGGCGAGACACUAAAUCAGCCCAUUGAUCGUACUGAGAUCGAUGGUGCUACAGACCUGAUCACUGCAGCGGGCAAUUAACACCCUCUGGAAUGAGCCGCUUUCGUGUAACAUCAAACGCUCCAACAGACAAAUCCAAUGGGCCCAUUGACCCAGGCACACGCUCAAGGAGAUGGGGCAGCAAGAUCCCUGCCUUCACCAUCCCUCUCCUGUCCAAUGAGAUCCUGGCUGCCCCUCAGGGACCCACUAUGGGAUGCUCACCUGUGGAGACCAUCGGCAGCCACACAGUCCUUGUCCUUCCCUGCACUAAGGAGCCAUCUCUCACCCAACCCCUCGCGUGGCUCAGAGGUCCUUCCCCUUUGGAAGCAGAGGCUUCAGGAAAAGCUCCAGGUUCUCCCUUUGUCCUCUCGCUGCUUUGGAAAGUGCUGCAUGUGGGGAAAAAGUUCCAGGCGUCUCUCCCAGAGGAGCCUGGAUAUUCCUCUUAAAAAAAAAAAGAAAAAAAAAUCAAUAAAUCUGAAUUUAAUCUACUAAUAAAGGCUUAAUGAGGACAUAAUGUUGAUAGAACAGAACAUUGUUGCAGUAUAAUCACUCCCAGCUGCCGCAAGUGUGCAGACAAAGGCCCAGCCCUGCACCCAUAGCUGUUAUUCUACUCAUCUUUAUCCUGGCCAGGGCCACAUGUCCCCCAACCAGGACAUGCACCCAGUGGGGUGCAGGACCAACACUCCCCCCUCAAAAGCUCCCCACAAAAGCUGUGCUGUGGAGACCACCACCAGGACCUUGCAUGGACACACAGCCCCCAAAACACACCAUGACCCACAUCAACCACCCCUGGAGAGAAACGAGGGGUGCUCUGUACCCCGUGACUCCCACCAUGCUGUCAUUAAUGUCCAAGUGCCCUGCAGCACCCUGCUUGGGGGACAGCACCUGGGGGGCACC